AUAGGGUCCAUCAAACCCGUUGAGAUCAUCAUACCUGGAAGAUUCGAUGGUUUCCUUAUCAGCAGCACCUGUUCUGGGUGCAGCGGCUAUCUGAUAUGAAAGAUAGCGAUCGAUAACUCAUCUGUUUCCGUCAGAUUCAUGGAUGGAACCUAUGUCGACUCGUCUUAUCUCCACAAAAUCAAGGUUAUCUUCCUCGGCGCAGCCGGAGUGGGCAAAACGGCCAUAAUCACAAGAUUUGUGGAUAACUAUUGGGUGGACCGAGCCAUACCUACUAUUGGGGUCGACUUCACAGGCCGAACAAUAAAUGUGGAUGGGAGACCAGUGAGGAUACAGAUAUGGGACACAGCUGGACAAGAACGAUUCCACAGCCUGAUACCUUCUUACUUGCGCGAAGCACGCGGGGCAAUCGUAGUCUACGACGUGACAAAAAGGGAGUCAUUCGAUGAGGUACAACGGUGGGUAUCGGAAGUCAGGAAAUACCGCGACGACGAAGUAGAAGUGUUGAUAGUGGGCAAUAAGACAGACCGCGAUGGACGAGAGGUGCCGCUCGAGGAAGCGCGAAGUUCUUAUGCCGGAUCGGGUCUAACAGUGAUAGAAACUUCAGCAAGGACCGGAUACAAUGUAAAAAUGGUAUUCGAGACAAUGGCAAGGAAGGUACAGGAAUCGCCAACUGUAGUGGAUGAGCCACUAAGUGAGUCGGUGUUACUGACCGCCGAGGAAGUUCCAUUGGAACAUGCGAACUGUUCUUGCUGAGACGAUAUCACACCUCAUAAACAAUGAUCUCGUUCAUUUCACCAGAGUGAAUACUGUAAUAGACAAUGCCUGAUAAACGAUAGUUGCUCAUGUUCGUGUGCUUCUGAAGACC